AUGGUUGUCGGCCAUAGACGGAAAGACGAAGAGACGGCUGUGCAGGAAGCGUCGGCCUCUGGCCGAAACACAAACCGCGUAGUCCAGAUUCGGUGCGGUGCGAAUGGGGACCGGGACUACUUCGAAGCAGACGCCACUACGAAUUGGACCCUCCGGCGAGCAGGCGCAGCGGUUCGCCAAGAAGAUAAGGGUGCACCCGAAGACCGAGAAAACAGCCCGGGUGAAUCAACGAUCAAAUGGCUUCCGUCUCACCUGGAGCAGAGCGAUUCCCUCGACACAGCUCAACGAGAUACGCAGAUACUGUUCAGGAAGUUUCGCUCUGUAUUGAACAAAUUGACAUUGGACAACUUGUUCCGGCUAGUGGAUCAGGUCAAAUCCCUCGUCAUUGACACCGACGAACGGUUGGACGGUUGUGUCGAGCUGCUUUUCCAGAAGGCCAUCUCAGAACCUAUGUUCGCCGAAGCUUACGCAAGGAUGUGUAAGGAAAUUGGAACGAUUGUGGUGGCUAACGACGCUUCCAAGAAGCGUUCCUCGAGUUUCAAGAGUCGACUGGUGAAUAAGUGUCAAGAUAAUUUUGAACGUCGCCAAGGUCCGAACAAGGAAUCAUUCGAUGAUUUAAAGACGCAAUGUGAGCAGACACGACAGGAAGUACGACGACGAUACGUUGGAACUGUCCGAAUCAUCGGAGAGCUUUACAAAACAGAUCAACUGACGAACUCCAUCAUGAAGAGCUGUAUUAUGCAGCUGCUUGAGACUGAAUCGAAAGAUUGUUCUGAAGAAGACUUGGAAUGCUUGUGCGUGCUUCUUACCACCAUUGGUCGUAAAAUGGAGGUAGACAAUGGUCAAAAUUUGGGUCCAUAUUUUGAAAAGCUGCACGACAUUUUUCAUAACGAGGAAAAGUAUCGACUCAGCAGAAAAAUUCGCUUUGCCAUCCAGGAUGUGAUGGAACUACGGCAAAUUGGAUGGACAACAAAACAACAUAGUCAGGAUCAGCGAGCAGCUGAACCUACCCGAGAUUAUCGAGGUACCGUGCAACGCGGGUCCGGCAGGUGGAUUAAUUCCGGUGGCCGUGUCUACGGACGAGAUAACAGGGCACAAUCCUGGAGAUCGGGAAACAGAAAUCCAUCAGUGAAUUUGGAACAACUGUUGCUGAACAACAUCGAACGGGACGAAGUCUCGCGAAAAACGGUCGCCCACUAUGUGGCCCAGAUGUUCAAGGAGAAGGCCAUUGCCAGGGUCGACUAUCUGCAAGCUCUCAAGACGGUUUUCGAGCAAGCCGAUGAAUUCAUCAUCGAUAUUCCCGAGCUUUUCAAGUACCUUAGCAUCUUCUAUGUAAGGCUGCUGAAUAUGUUUUACAUCAACCUGAGAGAUAUACAAUACGUGGCGCGAAGCGUCCUGCCCAAAUAUGGCGCUGCCAUUCUCAGCGAACUGCUUCUUAAGUAUCAAGCGGUCUAUGGCCGGGGUGACACCGUGAAGCUGUGGUACGAGUCGGCUCUCAAAUGGACCGAUUUCAUCAACAUGGACAAUCCGGAGCAGGUUGAGCAAUAUCUGAUGGAUUCUGGGCUGGGCUACCUGGUGGACAUUGUAAAGUUUGAACAGCAGUUUCAAUCUUGCUUGAUCAGCGCUGAAAAAGGCAUGAACGAUUUGCAUUUGAACUAG